CAUAAAUUGCCACGAUUAAAAUUUGGCAAAAAUAUCGUUGUUUGUUGCUAAUUAUUUAGAUGGCACUGUGUAUAGACAGUGCAUCAGCUGGGGUUUCAAGUGGAUUGUAAUUGAUAGAUGAUGCGUUUUGGAAGAUUUUUGACACCGUUUGGCCAAUUAUUCAUCUGGCUCUUUCCGUCUAGUUGUCAGUGGUUAAGGUGGACCAGCUGAGUUGGCGCUGUUAGCAAAUUGUUCCUGGUUGAUGAUGCCGGUGCUACAACGCGCCCUCAGACGCUACUUAGCACUAACCCGCACAGUUGAAUCAGCAGUUUCCUCUCGUUCGUGUGAGUGUCUUUCAAAACACUGUCGUCUUUGAUUUGUGAACAACAGAUAAAGGGAAGUUUCAAAUAAAACUGAUCACCGGACAGGUAUAAUGUUAGAGAAGCUAUAUACGCAUUGAAUUCGGGCAAGAAAGUUGAAUCAGCUCAAGGUGUUUAUAUACACAAUCAACGGUGCCGUCUUUAUAAGUCGGAGUUCUGAACCUCAUACCUCAGAAAGUAUUGGACAUCAAUUCAUAGAGUAGUGUAAUAAAAGCAGCACGUGGACACAGAUCAUACAUUAAGAAUUCACGUUCAGGCAUCGCCUGAUACACAUUUGGAACAUUGGAAUUGGAUACAUAUUAAAUUGAUGCAUUUAUACCAUAACUUUUUGAGAUAAUGUUAAAAUUACGACCAGUUUAGCAUGAUGAGGCAUAUCUUAGCAUACUUAACUCUGGUGUUAUGGCUCUUCCUUAUGGAGUGUGGCUCGGGCUAUGCACGCGCCCAGAAGAGACUCAACAGUUACACAACAAAUGAGGGGGAUGAGUUAUCAAAUCUAAGCACCAACGAAGCGCCUCAAGUGUUUCGACCUGGUGUGAUUGACCCACAAAGAAGUUGGAAGCGCUUUAUAACACAUGACAGAAUUAACAGUAGAAAAUCUAAACCAAACAAAAAUAAAAUAAUACAUGAAAGAUCGAAUACAAUACUUAGUAUAGGGCCUAGAGGUCCCCCUGGUCCUCCAGGACCACCUGGUCCCCCUGGGGCUGAGAUAACCAAAGAAGUUAUGAUGAGAGAAUUCAAGGAAAUGGUCAGAGAUGCAGCCGAAAGAAGGGCAGAGAGGCUAUUGGCGGAAAGGUGUCCAGGUUGUGCGAAGAAGAUUAAUGGCACAUAUUACAUUCCUCUGGUGGGAAGCGAGGAGUUCACUAUGGUUCCAAAGAUCGCUGCAGCGUUCCAUUGCAAACUAAGAGGGAACGUUGUUGUUUCUAAGAAGACUUUUUUGGAGCUUCAAAAUUUUCAGGUGCCGUUUGGGGGAGGUGCCUUCCAACGAGGUGAUGUGUUCAAUACAAAGGAGGGGCGUUUUAGUGCCACCGGGGAGGGGAUUUACCAAUUUACAGUCAAUAUACAUAUAACACAGGAUUUUUCACAAAAACGCCGAAGAAGUUAUAAAAGUUUAAAGAAGCGAGAUAACAUACGGGUCUUAAUAUGUAUAGAAUCUCUAUGUCAAAAACACACAUCACUUGAGUUUAUAUCAGGAUUAGAAAGCAACAGUAGAGUGUUCACCAUAAGUGUUAGCGGGCUUCUGCAUUUAGAGGCGGGCCAAUAUACAUCUGUAUACAUAGACAACAGUUCAUCAUACCAGGUCACAGUACAGAGUGGGUCAACAUUUACAGGUCUUCUCGUAGGCGUCUGAUACUAGCACACAUACUUGUACAUAAGUCUGAUGUGAGGGCCAAGUCCUAGCGUCCCUGAUAGACGAAACGUGCACGACUGUGCACGUGUACUAUCACAUGCGAACGUAACGGGUAUGCAAAUUGCAUUCGAAGCGUGGUGUCGGUCUGGGAAAUGAUCAAUAUAAAUUAAUAUGACAUUGGAUGGAAGGAAUCCCAUUGCUGAACCAUAUUGGUGUUUGUGUACCCAAAGUCAUGACGUCAUUUGACCUAAAUUUCAACUGGCGUGACGUCGGUUUCAACCUGGUUAGGAUGGAAUAUUACAUUCACCCCAGAAUAGCCUGACAACGGUAAAGUCAGAUACCGUUGUAACAAAUGGCGGACAUAAUCGUCGCUUCAAUUAGAUUUUCAUGAACUGUAUGUUUAAUAGAGCAACUAGACUAAAUUCCUUUGGAACAACAAUCAAUCAAAGUGUCUUAAUACU